AUGCUGCGCGACGUUGAUGUAAUAGUAUGGGAUGAGAUCUCUAUGCAAACUCGAUAUGCAGUCGAAUGUGUGGAUAGAUUAUUGCGCGACGUGGCUGCACCAGAUAAUCGAUCUCAACCAUUUGGAGGAGUAGUUAUGGUUUUUGGAGGUGAUUGGUGUCAAUUUCUUCCUGUAAUUCCCGGAGCCACAAAAGUAGAUACAAUUCAUGCCACGUUGAAACUUAGUGCGCUAUGGGACUCCAUGCAAGUUCUUGUGCUUGAUGAAAAUAUGAGACUUUAUCCUGGUGAAGAAGACCAUGCCGCAUGGCUACGCGCUGUAGGAGAAGGAAGAAAUUUGAAGGGCGACGGGAGUAUCGAUAUUCCUACCGAGAUGUGCAUGGAAAGCGAAGAGGACGUGAUUAAGUGGAUGUAUAGCGAAGAAGUUCUUCGAUCCCCCCAACUUAUGGGUAAAAUGGCAUUGUUGACUGUGCGCAACUGCGAUGCGCUUGAACUUAAUGAGAAGGUAUUAAAUAUGACUUCCGGGGAUCUUAUAGAGAUUUACGCCAUAGACACUCCAUUAACCGAAGAGGAAGGGACUGUUGGAAUGCCAUGUGAAGACGAAGAAUUUUUGCAUGAUUUGACACCACCUGGAAUGCCAGAGUCUAUCAUAUCGUAUACCAGUAUGGAUUCGUUCGAAUUUUCGGUACACUAUUCAGACAGCCCAUUAACAUCAGAAGACAAACAAGUGCUGAAGGUUGCUGAAGAAGCUAAAAAAAGUGAUGACAAGAGGGCGUUUCUGCUGAAUUGGCUAAAAGAGAAUGAAAAGAUUUGGCUGAAUUCAAAUGAAAGAAAGGCGCAUAUACGGCGGAAGGAGAGAAUAAGGAAAGAGAGAGAAGAAAAUGAGAAACAAGAAAAGAAGAAAAGCGGUGAAGCGAAUUAGAUUGCGUAAAGAUGUUCUCUCCGCACUUUUGUUGAAUAUACAUACGCGAGAGUGUUCUUUCGGUAGUAACAACUGUUUGUAA